AUGCUAUGGAAGUACUGGCCAGAAGCCCUCUUUGCUGGCGUCCUCAUCUCGCUGCGGUGUUUAGCCUGGGGCACUGAUUCAAGCGCCACAAAUUUAUCAACUUCCUCAUAUGACCCGUGGACUACUCAGAGAAAGAUUGCAGUUAGGGAGAGGACUCGCCAGCUAUGGUACCAUGGCUUUGAUAAUUACAUGACUUUCGCGUUUCCUCUAGAUGAGCUAUCCCCCUUGUCAUGUACAGGCCGCGGACCAGACUGGGACAAUCCUUCCAAUAUUGCCACUAACGACGUCGCCGGCAACUUCUCCCUCACCCUCAUUGACGUGUUAGACACGCUGGUAGUGCUCAAUGAUCGGCCGCGUUUCGAAAUCGCAGUUCGGAACGUCAUUGAUUGGGUUAAUUUCGACGUCAAUACCAAGCCUCAAGUCUUCGAAACCACUAUCCGGGUCUUAGGUGGGCUGCUAUCAGGACACAUAUUUGCCAGCCAGACGGGCCAGCCUUUCCAUCUUCCGUGGUACAAGGGUGAACUCCUCAAAAUGGCAAAGGACUUAGGCGAAAGGUUACUUCCUGCUUUUGCUACUCCAACAGGAAUGCCAUAUGCUAGGGUAAAUCUUCGCCACGGUGUCAUGAAAGGUGAAACGCAGGAAACAUGCACGGCUGGCGCGGGAUCUUUAAUUCUCGAGUUCGCUACCCUUAGUCGACUGACUGGUGACGACCGCUUCGAGAAGGCAGCUUAUAAAGCUUUCUUCGCUCUGUGGAAUAGAAAAUCGGACAUUGGGCUUGUGGGCAAUACGAUUAAUACGUUUAGUGGUUUAUGGUCCCAUCCGGAAAUCACUGGAAUUGGCGCUGGUAUUGAUAGUUUCUAUGAGUACGCGUUGAAAUGGUACAUCCUAAGUGGGGAAGUCGAAUUCCUUGACGUAUGGAAGGAUUCGUAUGCCGCGCUAAUGCGGUAUUCUCGCGCAAUCGACGGCUAUUGGUACCGCAAUGUGAACAUCCACAGUGGCGACGUCUCGUAUUAUACUAUCGAUUCUCUGUCAGCUUUCUGGCCGGGCUUGCAAGUACUUUCUGGCGACGUCCAGAAUGCUAUCAAGUCUCAUAUGAUGUAUUGGAAUUUGUGGCGAGCUCACUCUGGUCUCCCAGAAGUGUACGAUACAAACUUCAAGACGGCUACUUCUUUCCAGUAUCCGCUUCGGCCUGAGCUUGCUGAGUCUACCUGGUAUUUAUACAGAGCCACUCGCGAUACAUUCUACCUAGACGUCGGGGAACGCAUCUUCGAAGACUUAGAGAACCGCGCCAAAGUUGGGUGUGGUCUGACUGGGAUUGCUGAUCUACGAACCAACAAAAGAGAUGAUCGGAUGGAAUCUUUUGCGUUAUCUGAAACCCUCAAGUAUCUCUACCUUCUCUUUGACGAAGAGAACCCACUUCAUAGUGACGACUCAAACUACGUGUUCACGACUGAAGGCCAUCUUUUGACCCUCCCACGGCAUCUCCUUCGGCCCGUACCCCCAGCACGCCUGCAAUUUCGCCAAAACGAAAGCCACCAAUGCCCAGCAUACCACCCAUUCGUUCAUUCAUACCCUAAUCAGAAGAAGCCGAAAAGAGGCCGCGGCCUCACGCUAGGGAUACGCUCUCGCAGCGAUAUAGAUUAUUCAAGGGAGCUAUUGGCGUUGCUUCCCGAUUCCGCCGAUCGAGACGCCUCGUCCUCAGACGGCUGGUGCGAGCAACCCAAAGUCGAGACAUAUUCUUAUGAUUUUAUAUUGUCUGCUGAUGGGCAAGCUACGCCAGAAGACCCAUUGCCAUCUCAACUCAAGCUCGCCGCUAUCUCGGGCGGAUAUAUAAUACACAAUAUUACUGGAAUACGCACGCAUAUCGUUCGACGCCUAGACGGGAAAGGAUACGACAUUACUAAACUGGGGCCACAUGCUGUAAAGACGGGCCAAAUUGUAUACAUCAACGACACUGCACUAUUCGGACCGAAGAAGGACGUUGAGCAAACGCCAUUACCGCCAGCACCCCACUCAGAUGGUGUUGUGCCACUGCGAUUUUUCGUGGACCUCAUGGACCCAACGCUUCGAGCCAGCACGAUUGACGGCUCCUCUGAGCUCGAUGCGGUGAUGACGGCUUGGACAAGCACGUUUGGAGGGAAGCUAGUCUCCGAGCCCGGGUCCGAGCCAAUUCAAUUCGCCCAUGGCGAGGGUGUCGUCGUCGCCAGCGAAGAUUCAAAUCUGCUUGGGUGCAACCCUUACGAGCGCGACUUCGACGGAGCUGCUGUGCUCGUACGUAGAGGCGAAUGCACGUUCGUAGAGAAGCUCCUGCACGCUAAAUCCGCAGGAGCAUCGGGCGUCAUCGUUAUCAGCGACAUCGAGUCGCGAUUGAAUCCGUCUGCAGACGCAGAAGAUCUCGAUCAGGCGGGCGACAUCAGCGACGUUGCUCUCGUCGUGCUGCCCCCGUCGAGCGGCUUUGUGGUAGACCAAUUGCUAAAACUCACGGAGUCUACUGGGAUGGGCAGACUGGUAGUGACGCUGGUCCCUGAAGGCCAGCCAGCCAUGCAUGACGAGGGACACAUUCCAGCAGAACUUCCAUCACGGACACAGCAGACCAAGAAACGGAUAUUGUAUCUUAACGGGCAUCCUUUAGUUAAUACUCAAUUAUUGAAUUGA